GUCUUACCUUCAGUUUAUUUACAAUACAUAGCUACAAAGAAAAGCAAGGAUGCAGUAUGAAACCAGCGCUCUCUUACAAUACCACUUAUCUAAUGUAACUAGCUUCUCAAUAAACUACCUAGCCAAAUAUCCCAAUUUCGCAAAGAGGUUUCUAUACCAUUGUUACAGCCAGUAAUAUGCACAGUCACGGUGGCCGAGAGGUUAAGGCGUUGGACUCGAAAUCCAAUGGGGUUUCCCCGCACAGGUUCGAAUCCUGUUCGUGACGAUUGUUCGCUUUUAGUAUUUGCAGUUGUAUUAAAGAAAGCAUACGGCAAAUAUAUCGACAAAAGCAGUUUCUGCUUAUAUAGGCUUAGUUGGAUUUCGAAAAAGCUAUAUGGAGAAUUUAUGCUUUAUUAUGGGGGAAUGAGCUCUGAACGUAACACGCCCCCUUGAUAACCAUGUGUUGUUCUCGUCUCCCUAAUUUUGACAGCUGUAAAUUAAUUUGAACCUGAUUUGAACGAUUUCCACCAUCACUACUUGUCUCUCUUUCUCGCUUCAGUGACUUUAAUCAAAUAUGUUCGCCAUUGUGCCAAACGAUGCUCAAUUCUUGAUAAAAGACAUAAGGUUGGGAUUGAAGAAUUUAAAUUUAAUCUUUAUUGUGUUGGAAAUGGGAAGGGUAACUAAAACAAAGGAUGGGCAUGAGGUUCGCUCCUGCAAGGUGGCUGAUAAAAGUGGGUGCAUCACCCUGUCUGUGUGGGACGAGGUCGGUGGACUCAUCCAGCCAGGAGACAUCCUCCGCCUCUCACGAGGCUAUGCAUCCCUGUGGAAGGGCUGUCUGACACUCUACACAGGCAGAGGAGGAGACCUGCAGAAGAUAGGAGAUUUUUGCAUGGUCUUCUCUGAGGUGCCAAACUUUAGUGAACCAAACCCAGAGGUACUGGCCCAGGCCAACAGGCCGUCUAAAGUUGAGUCCCAGAACAGUUCUUCUGUCAAUCAAAGCUCCACCCCCUCAGUCCCCACCCUCACAUACUCUUCCAAUGGAUGCUCUCCGCUCUCCCGGAAUCCAACCUAUGGGAGCACAGGACAGCAGACUGGGCGAGGCUCCGGAGGUCCUGGCACCGAACCCAAGCCCACAGAAUCUGUGGGCAACAGCAGGGACCCACGGCAAGGGCUAAAGAGGAAAUGACGCUAGUUUCAAAUCAACACGUAUCUUGGGCCUAGCUGUAUUUUUAUUUAGCAAGUUAAAUCAUUUUUGUUAACAUGGCCAUCAUUUUCUAAGGAAUGUUACACGUUUGGUUCAAAUAAAUAAAUCAUAACUAAAAGA